AUGACAGAUAUGACAUUGCCUGACCCAGCUCCAGCACCAUAUUAUUAUGACUAUGGAGAUGACGUCAGAACACCACAUGUAGAUGAACAAAAGCUAACAUUAUAUUUAGAUUAUUAUAGAUAUAAAAGAUAUAAUGCAAUAGAAAAAACGAGAAUAGUAUACUAUUAUGAAGAUGACAGAAAUAAAUAUUAUAGUCAAGAUUUUACCUACCCUGAAAACAUAAGAUUAUAUUAUAAAAAAUAUUCUGACACAAACCAGAAGAAACCUGAAAUAGUUGCACUAUAUUUUAAGUUCAAAAGAGACAAUCCUAUAAUGUCUCAUAUGUUUGAUUUAAUGAACCCAGUAGGUUCUAUUUAUACAUCUAUGGAAGCAAGAGGUCCUCAAGUAAUGUUUGGUGUUGGUGCAUGGGAACAAAUAGUCGACAGGUUUUUGUAUUGUGCAAACUCUUCAAAGGAAACAGGUGGAAGUAAAACGAUUUCAGGUGAAAAUUUACCUGCACACAGUCACUACAUAGAUUUAAGUACAUCUCAAGCAGGUUGGCAUAAGCAUAGAUAUUGGGAUUGGUCAGGAAUGACAAAAGGUAAAGGAUAUGAUGUUAAAGACGACGUUAAGUUUGCUAUAAAUUGUUACUGGAGUGACACUCAGGGAGAAGGAAACCAUACACAUUUCGUUUCAGGAUAUACGCAAACAACGGGACAAAGUAAAGAAUACAUGCCACCUUACAUGACAGUUUACGCAUGGUAUAGAAUUGCUUAG